CUCGCAAGCAGGUAGAUGCAGCUGAAGGUGUUUCACAGGUGCAUUAUGGGAAUAAAUAGACACUUCCUGCACUGCGGCGGCUCAAACACUCGACCACAACAACGCCUGCGACCUGCAGCCGUUAACCAAAAUGGACUUUCUGCUCCUUUUCACUCUGGUGGUUCAUUUAGCCUCUAGAGCUGGAGCUCAGUCCACCACCAGCACCACUGUAGUCCCAGUACCUGCUGCCACCACCUCUGCCAUCCUUCCUACUACUACUGCUGUUCCUUCUACUACUACCCCCACUGUUCCCCUAACAUCUACUUCUCCUACUACUAAUAUUCCUUCUAUUACCACUAUGGCUAUUGCCACCACCAGUGACCUGACCAGUACCACUUCUUACUUCAAUACUACAACCAGUUUAGCGACUGCUUCCGACUUCCCCAGUACUACCACUAUUACUACCAGUGCAUAUCCACCUGGCCAACCCACUUCUAUGUCUCACGGUACUAUUUUACCUACUCUACCAACUGGCCCAGGAGGUAGUCCUCUAACACCAGGAGGUAUUAAUCAAACCACUGUCCCAAGAGGUACUACUCCUGAUUUAACCACUAUCCCAGAAGGUACCACUCUAACUCCAGGUGGUAGUAAUCUAACCACUGUCUCUCGAGGUACCCUUCCAACUCCAGAAGGUACUACUCUAUUUCCAGGAAGCACCACUCCAACUACUACUACUACUACUACUACUACUGAUCCGACCAAUGGGACUGACUUCACUACUACUACUACUGCUACUGAUCCGACCAAUGGGACUGACUUCACGACUACUACUACUACUCCUUUUUAUCCGACCAAUGGGACUGACUUAACUACUACUACUACUACUCCUUUUUAUCCGACCAAUGGGACUGACUUAACUACUACUACUACUACUCCUUUUUAUCCGACCAAUGGGACUGACUUAACUACUACUACUACUCCUUUUUAUCCGACCAAUGGGACUGACUUCACGACUACUACUACUACUCCUUUUUAUCCGACCAAUGGGACUGACUUAACUACUACUACUACUGCUACUGAUCCGACCAAUGGGACUGACUUCACGACUACUACUACUCCUUUUUAUCCGACCAAUGGGACUGACUUCACGACUACUACUACUGCUACUGAUCCGACCAAUGGGACUGACUUCACGACUACUACUACUCCUUUUUAUCCGACCAAUGGGACUGACUUAACUACUACUACUACUACUCCUUUUUAUCCGACCAAUGGGACUGACUUCACGACUACUACUACUCCUUUUUAUCCGACCAAUGGGACUGACUUAACUACUACUACUACUACUCCUUUUUAUCCGACCAAUGGGACUGACUUCACGACUACUACUCCGACCUUUUAUCCGACCAAUGGGACUGACUUAACUACUACUACUACUACUCCUUUUUAUCCGACCAAUGGGACUGACUUCACGACUACUACUACUCCUUUUUAUCCGACCAAUGGGACUGACUUAACUACUACUACUACUACUCCUUUUUAUCCGACCAAUGGGACUGACUUAACUACUACUACUACUGCUACUGAUCCGACCAAUGGGACUGACUUAACUACUACUACUACUCCUUUUUAUCCGACCAAUGGGACUGACUUAACUACUACUACUACUGCUACUGAUCCGACCAAUGGGACUGACUUAACUACUACUACUACUCCUUUUUAUCCGACCAAUGGGACUGACUCCACUACUACUACUACUCCUUUUUAUCCGACCAAUGGGACUGACUUAACUACUACUACUACUGCUACUGAUCCGACCAAUGGGACUGACUUCACGACUACUACUACUCCUUUUUAUCCGACCAAUGGGACUGACUUCACGACUACUACUACUGCUACUGAUCCGACCAAUGGGACUGACUUCACGACUACUACUACUACUCCCUUUUAUCCGACCAAUGGGACUGACUUCAUGACUACUACUACUCCUUUUUAUCCGACCAAUGGGACUGACUUAACUACUACUACUACUACUCCCUUUUAUCCGACCAAUGGGACUGACUUCACGACUACUACUACUACUCCCUUUUAUCCGACCAAUGGGACUGACUUCAUGACUACUACUACUCCUUUUUAUCCGACCAAUGGGACUGACUUAACUACUACUACUACUACUCCUUUUUAUCCGACCAAUGGGACUGACUUAACUACUACUACUACUACUCCCUUUUAUCCGACCAAUGGGACUGACUUCACGACUACUACUACUCCUUUUUAUCCGACCAAUGGGACUGAGUACACUGACUUCACUACUACCACUACUACUACUGCUACUGAUCAGACCAGUUGGACUGACUACACUAUUACUGCUGCUCCUACCACCACAACUGAAUUCCCUACUACUACUACUCCUGCUCCUACCACUCCUCCACCCACUACUACUACUACUACCACCACCACCACCACUCCUCAUCCUACUACUACCACCACCACUCCUCAUCCUACUACUACCACCAUGACUCCUCCGACUACCACCCCUCUGGUUUGUGAUAAUGGAGGGAUAUCAGUGAGUGGUGUCUGUAUCUGUCCUGAUGAAUGGACCGGAAUGACAUGCUCAGAGGAAAACUUCUGCCAAGCCCAAGAGUUGGGUGAAUUCAAAUUCCCACGCACCCCCAUUGGCUGGUUUGCAUAUUCUGAGGAGGUCUGUCCAAAAGGGUCGAGUGGUGCUGGUAAAUCCCGGGCUUCGACCAGAUGUUCAACCAAGAAUGGCCCACCGAGUUUAGAGCAUCCACCACAGGUCCUCCAGUGUGACCAGACGCUCAGUGACAUACAACAAAACCUGACCAGCCCUGCUGAUUUAGAGACGCUGGCGACCAGCACUCAGAUCCUGACCUCCAAACCUGAAGAGCUGACAGCUGAAAACAUCACGGCAGCGGCUCAGAUCGCCAACACACUGCUGUUGUCUCCGAACGUCUCAGAGAGCGUCAGGGUAGCAGCGGUAGCUACAGUCAGCCAGCUGCUGAACACCAGCACACCAGACGAUGGCAAGGAAAACAACGCCACUCUGGGUCUGACGGUGACCCUGGAUCAGCUCUCUGUGAACCUCAGCCUCAGUCUCAACGCAUCUCAGUCGCAGGUGGUUCAACCAAACCUUGUGGUUCAGUCUGCGCAAAUCCCUGCGGCGGACACUCAGGGAGUCCAGUUCACCUCUUUCUCAGGAACGUCCGGCAAUUUCAUUGCCGACCGCAUUCAGCUGAAUACCAACACGUCAACAGUCGUGGUGGAAAACGGGUUCAUCGCCGACGCCCUGAUUUACGUACGAUUCCCACCAGAGGACGCCGUCCAUGUUCAUCAGCAGCCGUCCAACGUCUCCCUGGGUUUCGUCCUCUAUCAGAACGACCGCUUCUUCAGGUCGAGACGCUACAGACGGCGUCACGCCACCAUCAGGGUCCUGUCGGCCACCGUCAGAGGUCAGGGGCGCAGCGUGGUGCCGAAACAUGUGGAGAUGCUGUUCAGACCGACGGUGAUGGACGGUACGUCUCUGUUUGACUUUGCUUGUGUCUUCUGGGACUACAGUCUGGAGGACUGGAGCACCGCCGGCUGCUCCAAAGGAAACGCUUCAGACGGACUCCUCAGAUGUUUCUGCAACCACACCACCAACUUCGCUGCGCUCUGGUCUUUCAGAGAGAAUUACGAAUACGCGGACGCUCUGAACAUCAUUUCUAUCGUCGGACUUUCUUUGUCCAUUCUGGGUUUGGUUGUUACGAUAAUCCACCACCUCAAAGACAGUUUUCAGACAAUGUCUCGUGAGCGUCAGAACUACAAGAACUCCAAACUCGCCCUGCUGUGUAUCUGCGUCAGCCUGCUCGCCUUCAUCAUCACCUUCCUCUCUGGAAUUACAAAUCGCCGACAGCUGGACGGUGCAGUGGAGGUCGACACGAAAACCAACACCAUCCCGGGCUGUGACGAACACGUGGAGCCGGACGGGGGCUCGUGUACGGCAGUGGCGGCUCUGCUUCACUUCUUCCUGUUAGCCACUUUCACAUGGACGAGCCUGUACGGCACUCAGCUGGUGAUACUAGUCCGAACGAUGCGCCAAUAUCUGCCUCCGUUCUGGACGCCGCUCAGCGUGGCGGUGGGAUGGGGAGUCCCAGCCGUCUCUAUGGCGACCACACUGGCAGUGUCCUACAGAGUGGACAAUCCUCUGGGAUACAGACAGGAGGAAUUCUGCUGGCUCGCAGCUCUGGAUAAGAACAAACACUUUGACUUUAAGAAGCCGAUGUUCUGGGGUUUCCUCCUUCCGCUCGGGCUGAUCCUGAUCUACAACAUCAUCAUGGUGGUUCUGGUCUCUCUGACCACCUGCAGGACCAACCCCGCCCUCAACAGCACCAAACGUUUGUCGCUGUGGAAGAAGUUCCUCACCAGUUUGUCUCUGGUGGUGUUACUGGGUCUGUCCUGGUCUCUGGGCUACCUGCAGCUCGUCACCACGGAAGACACCCAUCUGACCUUCAGCAUCCUCUUCUGCCUCUGUACAACCACACAGGGCUUUCAGAUCUUCGUCCUCUUCACAGCCAGAACGCCGAGCUUCAGAGCCACCGUGUCGCGCUCCGUUCGGUAUGUCUCGUCUGUCAACAUCUCGCUCAAAGAGACAAAGUACAAGCUGCAGAGGACCUGGGCGACGAGCAGCACAGAGUCCUACAAAGACCUGAGAGACUUCCGUUUGUAGGAACCUUCAUCAUGACGAACACUGAACGACCUGUUUCUACUGUUUGUGUCUCAGUGAAAUCUGACCUCACAGAUUUAGUGACUUCCUGUUUCAGAAGUCCAUCCAGAACAUAGGUCCCUGAAUCAGCUUAUAAAUCUCAGAGAAAACAGUCUGCAGAACCUGCCUGAGAACCUCCAUGUUCUUAAAUGUUCCUCAGUUUCACAGAGAUCCAGUGAGAGUAAUCUGUUCAUCCGUGAGUUCACUGUGAACACGAGCUGCUCACACAUCGUUCAGCUCACUGUAAAUUGACACACACAAAGAUUACUGCACCCAGUUAGAGGAAACCCUACACUGUGUUAACGCCUCCUGCUCAGCCAGGAUACACUGGAGGAACUACACUUCCCAGAAUGCAUGGAGUCCCUCAGGAGGAGCCAGAAGAUGGAACAAAGACACUGAAACACAGUAAGAGAGAAAUCAGGUGAAAAUCUGAUUUAAAUUUAAUUUGUGGGUCAAAUCAGCUUUUUAAAGCAGUGACUCUGUUUCACCACCAGGUGGCAGCUGUUUGCAACAUUCUCCUCAAUCAAAUCAUUUUAUUCCAUAACUGAACAUCUAUUAUUUUAUGAUGGUUCAUCUAUAAUAAUUAAAUUUUAUGUAGAAAAAUGUCUGUCAGCAGUUUUCUUCUGUAAAUGUUGCGGAGCUGCUGUGUUUCUGCGUUUUGUCACUGAUUGUUUAAUUUCUAUGUAAAUAUUUUUUUAAAAAAAUACAUACACUCAUCAUACACGUUGCACUUAUAUUUUUACUUCAGUACUUUUAAAGUUGCUUUGCAUAUUAAAAAUGAUUAUUGAUUUUUAAAAUAUGGUGAUCACAUCAUUAUCAUUCAAUACAGUAACAUUUAUCACAUUGAUAAUGAUAAUAUAAUAACAUAAUAUAUAACUGUUGAUACUAAACUUAGAUCUGAACCAAUGUUAGGGAAAAAAUAAAUAUUGCAAUAAACAGAAAAAUAAUUAAUUAUAAUGGAAACAAAA